UAAUCAUGUUGAGGAUCGUGAGUCUGGCAGUGGCUCUGGCCGUGUGUGUGGCACGACCUAACCAAUGGGACGACCAGCUAGGGCUCUUCCCUGCUGACGGCGGGGACUCUCAGCCCAUCUUACCUUGCGCCGUCGCCAACCCUACCACGCCCAACCAGAUACUCGACGCAGUGCUCGAAGGAGCUAUCACAUACAUGGAAACACUAGGAUGGUGUGAUUCCAAAAACGUGCAGAACGGAGAGUCAAACCUGCCCUUCCAAGUUAACUCUGAUGGAAGCAGCUCCGAGAACUUCAGCAUCACUGAGGCCAACGUGACAGGACUCUGCUCCCUGCGCCGCUCCAAGUCUGCUUCCUUCAACGCUGAUCAGAGUGUGCUCACUGGUUUGGUUGUCGUUGAAAACACUCGUGCCAACGCCGACUACACGGUAACUUUUGCCGGUGUUGGAGAAGCUCCAGCACAGACUGUUUCUGGUCAAGUCGUAGAGCGUGUGGACAAGCUGUUCGCCGAUAUCCAGAUCAACUUGUUAAACCUUGUGCCUCAGAAUAUCGCCAGCUACACCGCAAGAUCGGGUCAUGACCUACUUGAAAGUGCAAGCAACUUGGACGGCAAUGAUAUGAAGGACGUUCACAGCGCCGGCUUCAGGAAGGCUUUGCGAGAGAUCGUGGAGAAAACCAUGUCUUCCAACGUGAAGGUACAGAUUAACAAGUCCAUCCAGGAUAUGAAGAAUGCUUGAUCUUCCAAAGUGAUGAUGAAACUGUGAAUGUACGGAAGGAAAAGUAAAAAACUAGUAAUCAUGCAAUUCCAGUACUUUGGUCAAUCAUAUUCAUCUUUUUUUUUUCUUUUUUUUUUGUCUGUGUGAAUGUAAGUAUAUAUAUUUACAUAUUCACACACACACACACACACA